UAUUUAUUUCAUGAUAAAUCAAAAUUUUCUGAGACAAACAAUCUAAAUCGAAUAAAAUUUUUUGUUAUUCAGAUUCUUUCUUCUUUUCUAUCGCUUUCUGAUUUCCUCUGCUACUUUUCUCUCCACUCAUCCCUUCCAAUUUUCACACUCUUUUCCUUUUUUUUUUUCAUUUUUAUUAUAUAAAUAAAUUUCAGUUGAUCAAUUAUAUCAAGUUGAAACCCUAAACUCUUCAAAUUUUCUGGUUGCUUAUCUCCUCGUUCAGCAUUAACUUCCUGCUAUAAGAAUAACCAGUUGGGUGGUGAAAGCUCAUUGCUUGAUAUUGUUGUUGUUGGUGGCGGUGUGUAUGUGUGUGUGUAGGUGGUGACAAUGUCAACUCCUGCAAGGAAGAGGCUAAUGAGAGAUUUUAAGAGGUUGCAACAAGAUCCGCCUGCCGGUAUCAGUGGAGCACCUCAAGACAACAAUAUUAUGCUUUGGAAUGCAGUUAUAUUUGGUCCAGAUGAUACUCCAUGGGAUGGAGGUACGUUCAAGUUGACACUUCAAUUCACUGAAGAUUAUCCAAACAAACCCCCAACAGUGAGAUUUAUCUCCCGGAUGUUUCAUCCAAACAUUUAUGCCGAUGGAAGUAUUUGUCUGGACAUUUUACAGAACCAAUGGAGUCCUAUAUAUGAUGUAGCAGCUAUUCUCACAUCCAUCCAGUCAUUGUUGUGUGAUCCGAACCCAAACUCACCUGCAAACUCGGAAGCUGCUAGGAUGUUUAGUGAGAACAAGCGCGAGUACAACCGAAGAGUAAGGGAGAUUGUGGAGCAGAGCUGGACAGCGGACUAACUCCAUGUGGUAGUGGAACUGUCAGUUUUUAAGGUUUGAUGUCGUGGUGACAUUGCCACUUAGAGUGCUAUUCGCAGUACUAAUCAACUUUAAACUUGAUAUAUACCUCAUCGACUUUUGCAAUGUGCCAUAAGCUUGUGUAAAAUAGCAUAUGAAUUCUAUGUGGUCUAAGGUGUGAUUAUCAGAUAUGAAUCUGCAUCCGACACGGGUUUAUUUUUUAAAGUUUUAUCGUAUAUUAAGAGGUUCAUACCAUAA